AUGGGUCGCUCUCAGGAGCUCACUGAAUUCCAGCAUGCUGUGUGGUGUCCUCCGCAUUCGAUCCUGUCAGGAGAGCCCAGAACUUCCAGCUUGGUCAACUUCAUGUCCUCAACUGUCAGUGGCAUAACAAAGUGGAAGCGAUUGGGAACGACAGCAGCUAGGCCAUGUAAAAUGACGGUGCAGGCUGCAUCCAAGUCACACAUCACCAAGUGCAAUGCAAAGCGUUGGAUGCAGUGGUGUAAAGCCCGCCGCCACUGGACUCUACCAUCUGGCGAUCUGAUGGAGUCUGGGUUUGGUGGUUGCCAGGGGAAUGUCUUGCAGGAUCCUCAAAUCAGCUCCAUGAAUUCCUCGUCUUACAGCUAUAAUGUGUCCAGUGGUCUAAAUUAUCGAGAUGCUUCAAGCACAGCUGUCGUCAAAAAUGUGAUUGUUCUGGCUCUUGGUCUUACCAUCAACUAUAUCAAUGGUACUCUGAUUCACACCUUCAGAAAACACCAGAUACUUUAUGUGAACCCUCGUUACAUUUUAUUCAUCCACCUGGUGUUGAAUGAUAUAAUCCAGCUCACUACAACAAUCAGCCUCUUUAUCAUUAGUUAUGUCUUCUACACAAUUAAUGCUUCCCUCUGUUGCCUCAUUAUUACACUUGCUGUUUUCACCACCCUCAACACCCCAUUAAAUUUAGCAGUCAUGGCAGUGGAGUGCUACAUUGCUAUUUGUUUACCACUGCGACAUGCUGAGCUCUGUACAAUCAAAAGGACAUAUAUUCUGAUUGGUUGGAUCUGGGCCAUGAGUGCAGCCUCAACACUGCCGGAUGUGUUCAUUAUUCUUGCAACAGAGCCUUUACGGUUAUUCUAUUCCAAAAUUUUCUGUGAGAGAGAUAACUUAUUCCAUCACCCUAUAAGUAUAAAUAAGAGGGAUGUGUCGUACAUACUUUUCCUGGUUGGUGUUUGGCUCACUCUCUUCUACACUUAUUUCAAGAUUUUCUUUGCUGCUAAAGCAGCUAAAGAAGCUAAAUCAUCUGAUGGAGGUGCAAAGAAGGCCAGGAAUACAAUACUGCUGCAUGGCUUUCAGCUAAUCUUGUGUAUGCUAACUUAUAUAGCCCAUGUGUUGAUAAAGGCGUUGUUGUACUGGUUCCCUAAAUAUUAUGUACAUAUAAUCUUUGCUUGCUAUAUCUUCAUUCAGGUGCUCCCCAGGUUUAUCAGUCCUAUUGUGUACGGGCUUCGAGACAAGACUUUUAGACAUCACUUGAAAAAAUACCUCCUGUGUUCAGUGAUCUGCAAUGGACUGCAGAAAAGUACUACAUAA